CUCGGACUUUGCUGCCGGCUGAGCUGCCGCUGCUGCGCGCUGACAUUCGUCUCUACAUUUUUUCUGCAGACUUGUCGACGAUUGUUCUCUUGUGAGAGAUAUACGACGUACGAGCCAGGAUGCUCCUCAAACUGUUGCUGAUCGCGCUGGCCGGAGUGGCGUUGGUCGAAGCCGCACCCGCACCUGCGCCUGCACCUGCACCGGGACCCGCGCCCGGACCCUCGCCCUAUCCACCGAGCUACCUGCACUCGCCGCUGCUGCCGGCCUACUCGUACUCCUCCGUCCUGCAUUAUCCGUCCUACGCCUACAAGUACCCUUACUACUCCAGCCUUUAUCCUUACUCUUACUACGGCUACGGGUAUCCCUACUACAAGGGCUACUACGGCUAUGGAUAUCCCGGAUCUAUCUACUCCAUCUAUUAGAUGCAUUUCCCCACUGCAAGCUCACUCAACGCCUCCUGCCAAUUUUACGUGCUACAGUUUGACUGCGAUCUAGCGAACGUUCAUCUGCACUUUUCGGAGCAACGCCCCAUUACUACCGACCUACACGAACGGUACUCUACAUCAGUUGACACCUGAACCAAACACCAAUCGAUCGCGACAAAUAUUCUCUGUACUCGGAAAUGUCCAACUAAUGUGAUACUUGGUCAA